GCAACAGGAGGUUUCCACGAGCGCGUCACGCCGGGAACCCAGAAGGAUUUAUCGGACACCUUUUGGGACACACUGCGGCUGUUCGGUGCCAGGCUAACAUCUGGUGCUCAACAUCUGCCCGGCAGCCCGGCGGACCCACAGCCUGACCCGGGAUAUCUGCUGCCUGACUCGGGAUAGCGUCUGUCCUCCAUCAUGCAUCCCUCAGCGGGCCGCCUGGUCCAGGUCCUGGUCCUGGUCCUGGUCCUGGUCCCUCCCGCAGCAGGAUACAGUCUGGAUCAGGACCACAGUCUGGAGUUCAGCGGCCCCUCCUCGUCCAUGUUUGGCUACUCGGUCCUGCUGCAUCGCCAUGGAGACCACCGAUGGUUGGUGGUCGGAGCUCCGGUGGCAAACUCAUCCUCCAGCCCGUCGGCGCGAUCUCCAGGAGCCGUGUACCGCUGCAACGUCACUGCCGAGUCCCGCCGCUGCCACCCCAUGCCCGCCGAUGUUCCGAAAUGCGGGAAGACGUGUGAUGCAGAGAGCGACCACCAGUGGCUGGGCGUCAGUCUUUCCAGACAGCCCGGCGUCAACGGGGGACACAUCCUGGCAUGUGCUCACCGCUGGAAGAAUGUCUUCUACUCAAAGAAAGAUGGUCAGAACCACAAGCUGCCCAACGGAGUGUGUUAUCGCUAUGGCAGCGACAUGAGACACGCCCUCCCCAUCAUUCCCUGCUACAGAGACCACCAGAGGAAGUUUGGGGAGGAUUACGGGUCGUGUCAGGCCGGCAUCUCCAACUUCCUGACAGAGGAUCUGAUCAUCAUGGGGGCCCCGGGGACGUCUUAUUGGACGGGGUCAGUUCUGGUGUUCAACACGUCCAGUGGGGGGAUGUCGGUGUACCUGGACGACGAAGCCGGAGCCGUCGGCUUCGGAAGCUACCUGGGUUACGCGGUCGGAGCCGGCGCCUUUCUGAGUCCCGGUACGGUGGAGGUGGUGGGCGGAGCCCCGCAGUACAACCAGAAGGGCAAGGUCUUCAUCUUCACGAUCGACAGCAACAUGCUGCAAGUCGUCUCCGAGGUGUCCGGGAAGCAGCUGGGAUCGUACUUCGGCUCCAGCGUGUGCGCGGUGGAUCUGAACGCCGACGGCUUGUCGGACCUGCUGGUCGGCGCUCCCAUGGCAACGGGCGUCACUCGGGAGGAGGGAAGGGUCCAUGUGUACAUCAACCAGGGGAAGGCCAAGCUAUUGGAGGCGGAGUUUCAGCUGAGUGGCAGCGACGCCUACGCCGCCCGGUUCGGAGAGGCCAUCGCCGACCUGGGAGACCUCGACGACGACGGGUACCCCGAUGUGGCGGUUGGUGCGCCACAGGAAGACGACCUAAAAGGAGCCGUCUACAUUUACAACGGAAGGGAGGACGGCAUCUCACCGACGCCUUCUCAGAGGAUCACUGGUUCCACUCUGGGUCGUGACCUCAGGAUGUUCGGCCAGUCGCUGAGCUCCGGUAUCGACAUCGACGAUAACGGCUACCAAGACGUGGCGGUCGGCGCUUACCUCUCAGACUCGGCCGUGGUCCUCAGGACCCGUCCGGUGAUCCAAGUGAAGGCGUCGCUGAUUCUGCCCGAGCAGAUCGACCGGCGGCUGGCGGCGUGCCACGAACACAAGACGCCGACCGCCUGCUUCAACGUCACCGUCUGCUUCAGUGUCAAGUCCAGGCAGUUCAGAGGAGCCGUAGAUCUCCAGUAUAAUUUGACCUCCGACCUCCUCCACAAGCCAUCCUUCCCUCAUCGUUUCUAUUUCCACGGCAACGGGUCAUCCAAUAGCACGAGGGGGCGCGUGAGAGCCCGACACGGCCAGCUCACGUGUACGACACACGUGGCCUACCAACGAAAAGACGUGAAGGACAUCUUUACGCCGGUCAGGUUUGAGGUUUCUUACAGCCACAAAGAAACAAACGCCCACAGAGCCUCUUCCAGAACCUUCCCUCCAUUGAAACCCAUCCUGCAGCAGAGCGCGGGGCACCAGAACACCAUCACCAACCAGACGUGGUUUGCUCGUUCCUGUUUGCUGGAGAACUGUUCGACCAACAUGCAGCUGUCUGCUGGACUGGUGCUGCCACAUCAGCAGCAGUAUUUCGCUCUCGGCUCCGGACAGACGAUCAUGUUGAAAACCUCGCUCCUGAACUCCGGAGACGACGCCUUCCUGCCGCGGCUGACGCUGCGUUUCCCCGACAACAUCCACUACACCAAAGUCCUGCAGAACGACAAUGUGGUCAGUUGUGAUGUCACACAGGAAGUCAACAGCACGACGGCGGGUGUCGACUGCAGCGUCACCAGCCUGCUGCUCCCAGCCGGCGCGCAGUUGGAUAUCAACUUCCUGUUGGACGUCAACCAGAACAGCACGCCUGGUGACAUCACCAUUCACGUCGACGUUGGCAGUGAUAACUACGAGAGGGAAGAGUAUCUCAACGAUAACUCCGUCAGCCUCCUCCUUCCUCUCAAAUAUGGCGUCGGCGUUAACAUCCACGGUUUCGUGACUCCCACCUCGUUUGUGUUUGGGGAUGAAGACGCGACUCCGGUCGACUGCUACUCUGAAAGAUUCAACUACACCUACAAGGUCUUGAACUCCGGCCCCAGCAGGUCCGUAGACACCGUGGUGGACAUCAGCCUCCCGAAGAUCCUCACGCCGAACCGACACCGCCUGCUGCAGGUGGUGGACUGGCAGUCGUCUCACGGGUCGUGUUCCAUCAGCGACACGACGGUUUCCGUCCUCGAGGACUGCGACGUGCCUCAAGCCUCCUUCAUCAAGCAGCUCGUCUUUUUCUUCUCCUCCACCUCCACCCGCAGAAUGUUCUGUGGCCGUGGCGAUGAGCUGUGUGAGCGCUUGGUGUGUCGUCUCGGUAACCUGGAGGCGGGGAGAGAUGCCUUCAUCCAACUGGAGAUCAGACUGAACCCUGCUGUACUUCUCCAAGCUCCGGGUCGUCACGGCGUCAUGAGGCUGGAGAGCACGGCGACGAUGUCACAUCCCAGAGAAGGUCCUCACAUCGUCUUCAUCACCGAGCAACCGGCAGCACAGGUGGUGGUCGAAGCUCUUUUUACCCAGAAACCCUCAACAACAGUCAAAGUCUUCAUCAUCGUCGUCAGUUUAGUUUUGGGUCUGAUGAUCCUGGCUGCUCUCAUCUGGUGUCUGUGGAAGGCUGGUUUCUUUAAGAGGGAGUUCCAGAAGAACAAAGAGGAGGAGGAGUUCAAGAGAGACAGCUGGGACUACGUCCCUAAAAACAACAAAGAGGAGAGCACUUCAUAACGCCGGCCGUCUCCUCUAGCCACGACCUCUGACCUCUAAGCGUGGGAUGAAGGAGUUCACAUCGGGACUCAAUGAGACGUGUGUGCUGACGGAUGGAUGGAGUGCUGCUUAUGAAAAUGUGGCAAGUCAGUUGGCCUAAAACAGUGAAACAUGACAGCAUCGUCGGCCAAGGAAAUCCUUCCAGGAGGAGUGAGCUGAUGUGACUCGUGAGGAGGUGAGAGUGAGAGGGGUCGAGUGGACGCCUCCUGAACACACCUGAACCUGAACCCGAUCUCUCAAAACUAUUUAACCGGAUGUGCCUUCACAAACAAUAAGUUCAAAGACUUGAAAAAGACUGCAGCGGUGGAUGUAUGAUGACAUUUAGAGAAAGGGAAGUGACCCUGAAGCCUCCUGAUGCCUGGCAUCACCUGUGAGUCCUCGACGUCCGCCAUUUAGACUCUUUUGAAGAGGAAACAAAUCAAAGGGAGGUGACCUUCUUGUUACCUUCUGAUGACCUUCUGAUGACCUUCUUGUUACCUUCUGAUGACCUUCUGAUGACCGUCUGAUGAUCUUCUGAUGACCUUCUGAUGACCUUGUUACCUUCUGAUGACCUUCUGGUGACCUUCUGAUGACCUUCUGAUGACCGUCUGAUGAUCUUCUGAUGACCUUCUGAUGACCUUGUUACCUUCUGAUGACCUUCUGGUGACCUUCUGAUGACCAUUUUGUUACCUUCUGGUGGCCUUCUGAUGACCUUCUGGUGACCUUCUCGUGACCUUCUGAUGACCUUCCAUUUCAGGGGAUGGAAGCCUGGCCUCCGACUGGCCCAUAGCUCUCUGGUGCACAUUUUUGUUUACCUGCUGACCACACUUCAUGCGCUGGUCACACACACACACACACACACACACUGUCAAGUGCUGACCGCUGGGAUGUGCCGGUCCAGGGCUUUUCGAGCUUUUUUAGAAACUUUAAAGGAGCUUCACGUGACAAAUGGAAUCCUGUUGGAUACCACAGUCUCACUGGAACUGAUCUGGGACCAGUUGGUUCAGGUUAAUCCAGAUCAGGCGGCAACCUCCGGUUCUGCAGAGCGAAGCCGAUUGGGAAGCGUCUUAAAACGUGCCUUCUCUCUACUGACCAGCAGGGGGCGACUCCUCUGGAUGCAAAAACAAGUUAGUUUGCAUAGAAGUCUAUGAGAAAAUCACUCCACUUCUCACUUGAUUUAUUCCCUCAGUAAACAUUGUCAACAUGAGUUUAUGUCUCAAUCUGAUCAUGAUGUCAUCAUUUAGUUAAUGAUGGUGAUUUAGGGUCAGAUAGAGCAUAAAGGGGGACGCUCUGAGCCGUAUACGGUGUCACGACGCCACUUCCGCCGAACUUCCAGGCUUCAUAACGUCAGUUCACAAACCAAAAGGUGAUGUCAUGAUGAAUUUGCCCACAUCUCACAUCGCAUAUGGUCCAGACUCCAGACGGGGGGGCGGAGCCACAGGGUUGAGGCCACUUAAAGAAAGGUUCAA